GCAGAUCGCGAUUCACCGAGUCGGUGAACUCGUGAAAAAAAGAAAAAAAAAAAGUAGAAAGAGAGAAAGAACGAACCCGAGAAGCGAAAAUUAACCGAGAAGUGACCGAGUGAGGGAGACGUAUUCCAAGAGAAAUUGACGAGAGGAUUUGGAGAAAACGGUUCCGGCCAAUACCGAGAGGCGUUCUUGCGCUCUCGAGAUCGGGAUCAAAGUUCGUUCGAUGAGACGCGAUCGGGUGGACCGCGACCGCGUUGGUGAUCGUUCACGGGUGCAGUUUUCCAGCGACACCUCCGCCGAGAGGUUGAAACCCAGUGCCGCUUGGUGGAUCACCGCUGCGCUCACGAAGACAAACGAGCCGGCAUGAAGGCAUCCCUGGUGGCUAUACUGGUGUGCGCGGUAGCAUCGGCCGCAGCAGUGCCGCUCGGCGACACCCUGAACGCUCGAUUGUUCCCGGGGAACAAGGACGCGGCUCCAGUUUCCACGGAAACCGGGAUUGUCACCGGCAAGGACGCGACGAAUCAGCCGGCAAAAAGGCAAUCAGAGAAGACCGACGGCGGAACGAACGAGCUAGCCAGGACACGGGACGACAAUCGAGCAGAAGACAAGCCCGACGUUCCCCUCAAGCAGUCCAACGAGAGAGAGAAAUCGUCGCGAAAGGCAACUCGAAAGCACAAGGCCAUCUUCGUCAAUUAUCCGCUGGUCCCUCAGCUUUUCGACACCGGCGAACGAGCCAGCGGAUACGAGGAGAGCAACAUCUUCUACAUCAGGCUACCGCCCACGCCCUACAUGUUCGUGCCAGGCUUAGGCUACAUCUCGCAACCGCCCACAUACUCCACGGCCAAUCUUCGGCCGCAGGUCUCGUACGCAAGGCCCGCGAGACCGAAGCCACCUUACCAGCAGCCCGCCAACCCGUUCAUCAAGCUGCCCAUCGAUUUCGUGAGCAACGGGAAGCCAACGUCGGUGUACCAGUGGCAGAAGAAGACGAGCAAGAAGCCGAUCGACAGCCCGAUCACCAAACUGGACAGCCUGUCGGCGGAGUUCGUGAGCAACGGGAAACCGACGUCGAUUUACCAAUGGCAGAGCAAUCCGAGGCCGGCCGACGAUUUGGUGAACAAGUUGGAGAACGGGCCGUACGUGUUUAACGGCAAGCCGACUAGUUUCUUUCUGUUGAAGCCGGACGGGAACGCGGGGGCGCGCCAGCCUUUCCGGUACCCCGGCCACCGGCAGGAUAAUUCAUACUAUUGAGGACGGCGGUGUUGGCCAGCUGCUAAACGCGCAAACGAACCAUCCUCGAAGUCCUGGUGUGAAUCGCCAGGAUGAUUACCGGGUGACACGAUCGCUCAUCCGCCAGCGGAUGAUGUUCAGCAGCCAGUUUUCGUGAUGAAGAAACACGGGGAUUUGUUAUUCACGUUCGAAUAAAGCGCAAGCGAGUGUACCAGAGAAUUAGAAGUGAUACCGGGGAUUAGAAGUACGUAUGGUUGUCGAUGGUUAAGCUUCGGUGUGGAUUGCUGGGAUUAGAAUUCCCGAGUUGGAAGAUUUUUCUUUUUUUUUUUUUUACUCUAAAGCUGCAAUUCGAUUGAUCAGAGGGUACGAGGGUUUCGAGAAAUGAAAUCUCUCUUUUUUUUUUUGUAAUUCGACUACAGUGUUUGAUUGCGCGGAAUGUCGUGUUGGAACAAUUUAUCAGAGUUUGUGAAAUUUGUUUUCAUUUUUGAAGCACUUCGAAUUUCUCUUCGACAGCGUGAAAGUUGCAUUAACCCAUUAAGGAUGACACGUGAUUUGCAAUAUCUUUAUAAUUUUAUAAUUCUACGAAAUUUACUUCGUUAUGAAAUUUCACUUUCUCUUUUAACUGUGAUCGUGAAAUUUUAAGAAUUCGCUAGUUUACGAUUUCGUGAGAUUUAACAACGAAAGGAAAAUGUUCAUAAUAUAAUUAUAAUAUAGUGU